GGCACCGGCACGAUGUUUAAUCGCUGCUUGCUCUUCAUGCAGCUCUUCGGCUUCCUUGCUGUACCCCCCAUUUGCGGCGUCACAUGGCUUGGAACUGCUUCGUCUGACUUGGCUCCCUUGGCGGUCGAGCACGUGGACGUCAUCGAGUGCUUGCCCAAGAACUGCGCUAUCGCUGCCAUACGCGAUUACCUCGGUGCGUCCCACUUCAAGCUACAGCAUGCCAGUCACCCCAAAGCCCUGUCCUAUGAUCAGCCAAUCAUCGACAACUCUCGGUCUGUGACGUCAGCAGCCGACGGUAUAAAUGUCCAGCGCGUGGAUCGACUCUUCAGUGGGCUAGGCUGCAGCGGCACCGGCACGAUGUUUAAUCGCUGCUUGCUCUUCAUGCAGCUCUUCGGCUUCCUUGCUGUACCCCCCAUUUGCGGCGUCACAUGGCUUGGAACUGCUUCGUCUGACUUGGCUCCCUUGGCGGUCGAGCACGUGGACGUCAUCGAGUGCUUGCCCAAGAACUGCGCUAUCGCUGCCAUACGCGAUUACCUCGGUGCGUCCCACUUCAAGCUACAGCAUGCCAGUCACCCCAAAGCCCUGUCCUAUGAUCAGCCAAUCAUCGACAACUCUCGGUCUGUGACGUCAGCAGCCGACGGUAUAAAUGUCCAGCGCGUGGAUCGACUCUUCAGUGGGCUAGGCUGCAGCGGCACCGGCACGAUGUUUAAUCGCUGCUUGCUCUUCAUGCAGGAGGCGCCCAUGGAGAGCCUGGUGCAACUAAUAGAGGAGCUUCUUCAAGGUGUGUGUGGUUUGCGGGAAGUCGAGCAGCAGAGCCUGGAACUGGAGCGCCGGUCGCACGAGACCAACAAACACCUGCUUCAGCAGCUGCUGGCUGCACUUGUUUAUGGCGCCAGCCAGGCCUCUAUGCCCUGUCAGUUCCGUCAUGAGAAGUAAAGAAGCAUAAGCAAGGAAUUUCAUGUCCCAUUCUUUCUCCUUUGCUCUAACAAAUUUGCUGAUGUAGUAAUGAUGAUACAAAGCCCGUAUAUUGCUUACUUAGAACAAAUAAUUGCUUAUUUCACGCUUUAAUGCAACCACAAAUAGCACAGGAGAUGCAGCAUGACUUUGUGCUUCAAGUGAUACUGCAGCAAUAGGAAUGUCCACAAUCAGUCUCACCUGCACAAGUACCAGAAGUCCUGGUGGUACGGGCAUUCUGUCCGUGACACUAAAAUUUCCAUGCACCUGCUUGUUGGCAUGUUAUUAUGAACACGAGGCGGCACUGUAAUUGUUCUUCAAGUACGUCGUCAAAUGGCGGCAAUCACUUGUUGAGGGGCGGAGGAAUUCUGACUUUAAUAUAACGUCGCAAGCAACAUAUGAAAGCACUCAGAAAAAAAGUUACGAACAUUCCUUGCCGAUGCUCCAACAUUUCAUUUGCAUUGUGUAUAUAUAUUUUUGUUUUUGCAUUUUUAUGCAAUUUCUUAUCACGGCUUAACAGAGCUGGAACGUCUACUGUCCUUUCUUGUGGAACUCUUGCAUUGCCACAAUUUUUGUUUUCAUUCACUGUUGUUUAGGUGCAGGUUCUGGUGAAUGUGUAGCCCUUGCACUGCAGUUCAUUGGCAAUAUUUACGAAGCAGAUUCGCUUUGUUAACGUCAAAUUAGGAUAUUAUGGCUUUUUUUCUAUAAGUGUGUAAUUCUACAUGACGUGACAUAUUCUUUUCACAUGUAGAGACGCAUCUGUACAUUAGGCUAUAAUAAAUAUUGCUUUGUUGCAGCGCGAUGAUUUAUGCAUUCACACAUCUUGUGGUAUGAUUUAAACCAGAUACUAUUUCCGUGUAACUGCGGAGUACGCAAGUGUUCUUAAACAGUCCGUGCCGUUAUCUGCGAGAUUUUUUGGUGCAUUUAUCUGUGAUUUCUUUAGAUGCGCGCAGAAGGUGAUGCAAUAUUUAUUGUGACUUGUCUCUGCGAUACGUAGCAUAUGUCUUUACUAAUGCAGCACUCCUGAUGAUUCUCACACUUCUUUAACGAAGAGGCUGUUGCACAUGAUAUGUAUAUAUACACGUUUUACUUAAAAAAAAAGGGCUGUAUGUUGAAGGUUGAAAUAAUAAAGAAAGGCAGAGUUCUGUUUA